AUGCAGCCUCCCGGGUCAUCGGCGGCCCGAGGGUCUUCGAGCAAGAAAGACGACAGCCAAGGCGUGGGCGCCAAGGACUUAAAGAAGGUGCUCAUGCAGGGCCUGGCCGAGGGGCAGACGCCGCCUCUCAUGAUGAUGAGCAUGCUGUUGGACAAGGACAAGAAGGAGAAGCGGACCAAGCACGGGGGUCGCGACAGCAAGGACCUCAGCCUCUUUGGUGGUUCGGACUCCGAAGAUUCGGGAGGCGAAGAUGCUUUCCAGGGAACGGGGAUGCGAGCAGUAUCAACGUUGCACAAGCUCCACGAGCAGAUCAGAAGGCGGCCAAGGAAGAUAUGCGAGAUCUUCGAGCACGAGGUGGUGCAGGAGAUGGGAGUGAUCAAGGGCCAGGCAUGGACAUUGAAGGAUUAUGUGAAGAAGCAGCCCUGGGGAAAGUUCAAGGGGAUUUAUCGAUGUGCUUUGAUGGAUGUCGAGGUCUACGAGCAACUGCGCAAUGGCGAGCCCCAGAUUGCCGCGGCGCAGGUCGUGCAGAACUUGAAGGCAAAGCUCCAGAGUGUGCUCCAGGGGCGCGACUGGAGCACAGCUUGGCUCCUCACCGGAUUGCCCGACCCUCUCGCGAAGCGAGAGUGGGCGGGCAGCAAGGAGGAAAUGGCGAUCAUUUCCGGAUAUGUGGACGCUCUCCAUCGGCUCAAGAAGCGCGUGAAGGACAAUCAGACCGUGGUCGAGGACGACGAAGGAGAAGGCCAAGGUAUUUUGCCGGAGCGUGGUGCCGGCGCCAACAUUCCACUCUUCCCGUGCACGCUACCCUACCCGGAGGCCAUCUUGACUGACGGGGUGAGCCUGGACCUUGAGGGUUGCCGUAGGUGGUUUGCCAAAGCCUUCGUUAACACGUUUGUGGCUUGGGGAAACUUUGUGACUCUUGGGUGCCCGGCGGAAGGGGGCAGUGGAUACGAGCCGCGGGUAGCUUAUUUGUGCCGGGAAGAGGCCCGGGUCAUGGCAGAUGAGCUUCUUGGCGAGGUGGAUGAAUUCGUUUCCGAGGAUCUGGCUCUAGGUCGUCUCGAGUGUGAUGGCAAGCGUGGUUGUAUAGAAGCCCUGCUAGAGAAGAUCCGCUGUACAGGUGGUGCAUGCUACACUGAUCUGCCUUCUCAGGUUUCAGGGAAGACGAUUUCAACGGCAUUGCCGGUAUCUGCUACGAGGGUGGCUAUGCCGGGACAGGCGGGGCUCGUGGAUCCGGGUGAUUGGCUUGAACCACAUCGUGCUGAAAUUUUUCAAGACUUAGCCCGUCUCCGCAAACCCGAGCAUCUGUGGGAGGAUAUCGCGGUGGCUUGCCAUCGGGUACCACCAGAGGGGGAAGAUGAUUUGGCUCGUAAGUUGAUUGCACAUGGCAUGGCGAUCGCUGUUCCAGAGCAUGAGCUUCCGCAUGACAGUCGAGGGCAGCUACAUGUAGGUGGCCUUUUCUGUGUUGCGAAAAACGAGCUAGAGGACCGCUUGAUCUAUGACAGGAGGCCGGAGAACAGCAAGAUGCACAAGCUCGCAUGGGCGAGGCUACCGAGUGGCGCAUGCUUCACCAGAAUGCUGUUGGGGGAAGACGAGUACCUCAGGGGAUCGGGGGAUGAUUUGCGCAACUACUACUACAUGUUGGCAAUACCUCAUAAUUGGGUGAAGUUUAACUCCGUGGGCCGCCGCAUGUCCCGCCAGGUGCUCGACGAGCUCGGUUACGACAGCAAGGUGGACCAUCGGUUAUGUUUCAGGGUUCUGGGGAUGGGCGAUAUCAACGGGUGUGAUAUAGCUCAGGCGACCCACGAGAGUAUAUUGCGGCAGCACGGUGUCCUUGAUCGUUCAGUGCAACUGGUGUAUGGUGAGCCCGUUCCCAAGGGCCCGCUUUGGGAAGGAGCGUAUUUAGAUGACCUCCUGAUCACAUUGCGAUGCCGAGUUCCUGGGAGGGUUCCUCUAGAUGGCACUUUUCAUGCUCCGGCUCCGCAGGCAGGGGAUGGCGAUGUCAAGCAGGUGGCGGCGGCAGAGCAUGCAUACACGAAGGCUCGGUUGCAGCGCGCAGAGCAUAAAGCCUUUAGGUUCAAAACCUCCUUUAAGGCCUGGGGUGCUCACAUCGACGGCAUCGUUGGCAAGGUCGGAGUGCCCCUCGAAGUUCGCAGGCAAGUGUGGAUGUUAUUGUCGAAGAUCGUGGCAGGAGGCUGGUGCAACAAGGACGUGCUUCGCCGGGUGCUUGGGUUCCUAGCUUACAUCUUCCAGUAUCGCCGGGAGCUGUAUUGCCUACAACACCACAUCUACAAGUAUGUGCAGGCUAUGCCGGAUGAGCGGUGGUGCAGGCUUCCCCGACAUGUGCUAGAUGAACUUCGAUCAUUUGCCCUGCACCUCCCCUUUGCGUGCUGGGAUAUGCGUAGGAAGCUCAACUCUACCUUGAUUGCAACGGAUGCCACCCCAACUUCGGGAGGUUCGGUUGCUUGCAAGAUGCCGGCCGAGCUGGCGCAGGAGCUCUGGCGUCAAUCAGAAGUUAGAGGUGAAGCUGUGCGUUUGGACCGCGGCAUGGGGCCUGAUCUGUCUUGGGAUGUCCCGAAGGAAGCUUCUGUCUUCGCGAGCACCAUUGCAGAGAGCAUGGACUGGCGGGUCACCGGGUCUUAUUCGUUUCGGCAGACUUCUCACGUAAACUUACAAGAGCUUCGGGCCCUCAGGCGGGAAAUCAUCCGGAUGGCACGUGCUCCCGAACACCGCAACUCCAUCGUCGUGGCCCUUAACGAUUCAAGGGUAGUCUGCGGAUGUGUGGCAAAGGGGCGCUCGUCGAGUUAUAAACUUAAUGGGAUGUUGCGAGGCCUCUUACCGCACCUGGUGAUGGGCAAGAUCACGAUCUCUAUAUUGUGGGUGGAGACCUCAAGCAACUAUGCCGACCACCCAUCCCGUUUCCGUGAUCUACCGCCGCCCAGGUCUCCGCCACCCUGGCUCCAGCGCUUUGGGGUUAGCACCUCGGCUAGCUUCUCCGGGGUCGAACUUUCGGCCGGGGGAACAUCCAUUACACGGGCGCAUGUUGAGGCUGGGCUGCAAAUGGCACAGCCGGUGGACAUUGCCUAUGGCGUCGAAGCGCUGGGCCCUUGGAUCGACCAGUGCAUUGAGACGGGGUUGAUUGAUUGGGUUUGGCUCGCUCCUUCGUUUGCGGUGCAGUCUCGGCUUCAACAAAGUCGUGAAGGUGGGCGGCAAAGCUGGGCCCGACAAGGGGAGAGGAGAUACGACCAGGAGGACUCGAUUGAUCAUCUUUGGUGGCGGCUGCUGAACAUCGCUUGGAGCAUCAUGUCUUCAGGAGGCUUCUUCUUCCUGGUGCACCCGCGGAGCAGCAGAGUUUGGAACUUAGCCGAGACUCAGCAGCUCCUUAAUCAUGAAGCGGUGAAGGCGCAUCGCGUUGAUUUGUGUGCACAUGGGGGAGAGAGCUCGAGUGGCGGGUCACAGGGGACUAGCACCAUCCUCAGCAACUCCCCUUGA